AUGUCCGCCUUCACUUCUAUCCGUCCUACCCUGCGCCUGGCAAACACCGCCACCCGCACCUUUAGCUCCUCCGCCGCGCAUUCCGUCGCCCGCAUGACCAUCACCGGCCGUCUGGCCGCCGAUCCCGAGCUCCAGGCUACCUCCACCGGACAGGACGUUAUCAAGUACGCCGUCGGAACCUCGUACGGGCCCCGCGAUAACCGCCAGACUAGCUGGUUCAAGAUUGCUAGCUUUGCGGAGGGUGGACAGCGGGAUUACUUGAUGAGCUUGCAGAAGGGUACUCUUGUUUACGUGGAGGGUGAUGCUAGAAUGAAGAGCUACGAGGAUGCCGAGGGCCGGAAACAGUCUAGCCUGAGCAUUGUACAGCGCUCCAUUGAGGUCCUCAGCCGCCCCCAGGGCUCCGAGUCCCAGUAA